AUUGACAAUAAUAUUUGGUUAACAUCUCCCGAUAAUACUAAUACUGCUGAGACUGCCCAUAUCUUAAGCAACCGUCGUGAAAAAAAUCUCAAACUAGUAAUAGCUAUUUUACAAGAAAGAAAAUUAAAUAGAGAAAGAUUCAAUGCAAUUCGUGUUCAUCAAAAAUACAAUAUACCUAUUCGGAGACAAGACAAAGGUCUAAUUGCUCGUAACAUUCUAUUUAAUAAACGUCAAGGUAAAUUAGAAUAUUAUGAAAAUACUAAGAAAGGAUCUAAAAAAGGGGAUGUAAAUAACUCUGAUACUGAAGACAAAAUUCCUAUUAGUCAUAAACAAGAUGCAAAGAAAAAGCCUAGAAAAAGCAUUGUAGUUAAUUCUGAUACUGAAAAUGACGAUAAGAAGAAUGAGUUAACUUCAAGAAUUAGUGAACUUGAAUAUAAAGAACAGGUUCUGGCUUUAAAAGUGCGCGAAAUUGAUCUAAGAGAACGAGAAGCUAAAAUCUAUUUAAUGGAACUAUCAAAUUUUAAGAAGAAGCAUGAGUUAGAAUUUGUUAAAUCUUGA